AUGGCAUUGUGUAUGCAUCCUAAUGUCGUAAUGUAUCACACUUCUUUUGUUGUUGGCGAAGAAUUAUGGGUUGUUAUGCGUCUUCUCAAUUGUGGUAGUAUGCUCGAUAUCCUGAAAAGACGCAUAAAGGCAAUGGGAAAGGAAGCGGCUUCAUCAGGUGUUUUGGAUGAAGUAACUAUUGCCACCGUCCUGAAAGAAGUGUUACGAGGAUUGGAGUAUUUUCACAGCAGUGGGCAGAUACAUCGUGAUAUUAAGGCUGGAAAUAUACUAAUUGCCGAUGAUGGUACAGUUCAAAUUGCGGAUUUUGGCGUUUCUGGAUGGCUGGCUGCAAGUCAAGGAGACUUAUCAAGACAGAAAGUUCGGCAUACAUUCGUUGGGACACCAUGUUGGAUGGCUCCAGAGGUUAUGGAGCAAGUUUCAGGAUACGACUUCAAAGCUGAUAUCUGGAGUUUUGGAAUUUUGGCUAUUGAAUUAGCAACUGGUACAGCUCCUUAUCAUAAAUUCCCACCAAUGAAGGUUUUGAUGUUAACGUUACAAAACGAUCCGCCAGGUUUAGACACAAAUGCAGAGAGAAAAGAUCAGUAUAAAGCAUAUGGAAAAAGCUUCCGUCACGUCAUAAAGGAUUGCUUACAGAAAGAUCCAUCAAAGCGACCAACUGCAAGUGAACUACUGAAGUAUUCGUUUUUCAAAAAGGCUAAAGAUAAGAAGUAUUUGGUACAUGCCUUAAUUGAAAACCUAGCAUCUAUGCCGCUUCCAUCUCACCAUCAAACUGAUGCACCGAAGAAGGUUGCAUCGGGUAAACUGAAGAAGAAUUCGGAAGGAAACUGGGAAUUUGAACCAGAAGAAACUGAAUCAGAAGAAGAGGGUGAAAAGAUGGACCUUCCAACAACUUCAACUGCUGUAGCAACGACUUCGGAAACCAUCAAUUUGGUCCUGCGUGUGAGGAAUGCGCAGAAAGAGCUGAAUGAUAUCAAAUUUGAUUAUACGCCAUCAGUGGAUACCGUUGAAGGUAUAGCACAUGAACUGGUUGCAGCUGAAUUAAUCGAUGGACAUGAUCUGGUUGUUGUGGCAGCAAAUUUAAAAAAACUUGUGGAUGCAGCACUAUCAAAAAGUGACAAAAAGUCAGUAACCUUUGCUCUAAGUUCGGUACCACCACAGGAAAUGCCGGAUGAACGUGCUUUAAUAGGUUUCGCACAGAUAUCACUGAUCGAUUCGAGUAACGCUCAAGUUGAUUGA